GAUCAUGCGACCUCUUCAAAAAUAGUUUAGACAUGAACAAACAAAUUUGUUUACAAUUUCUACAGGGCAAAAAAAUCUGUUAGUUUUCUCUUUUUACGGCUCGAAUAGUUCAGUUUUAGUCGAAAUAAUGGGAUUUUUAACGAUACUCAAAAAGAUGAAGCAAAAGGAAAAAGAGAUGCGCAUUCUGCUGCUAGGGCUGGACAAUGCCGGUAAAACCACAAUCCUGAAGCGCUUCAACGGAGAACCGAUUGACCAGAUUUCUCCGACGCUCGGGUUCAACAUCAAAACCUUGGAAUACAACAAUUACACGCUGAACAUGUGGGAUGUUGGUGGCCAAAAAUCGCUUCGAUCCUACUGGCGGAACUACUUCGAAUGUACCGAUGGCCUGGUGUGGGUCGUAGAUAGUACCGAUCGAAUGCGAAUGGAAUCCUGUCGGAGUGAGCUGGCACUGUUGCUGCUAGAGGAACGACUGGCGGGAGCCACUUUACUGGUGCUGGCCAACAAACAGGAUCUUCCGGGGGCUUUGACGGCCAACGAAAUAAAGGAAGUGCUUCAGCUGGACAGUAUCGAGACGCACCAUUGGUCGAUUAUGGGCGUGAGUGCCGUUACCGGGGGCAAGCUGGUCGAAUCCAUCGAUUGGCUCGUGGACGAUAUUUCCAAGAGAAUAUUCACGCUGGAUUAGGAAUUUCGGUUGCUUUUCCCAUCAUUAUGUAAGUCUGUUGCCUUUUUUUUUCCUUUAUUAUGCAUUAAACCUUACUGAUAUUUAUUAUUUA